AUGGCUCGAUGUGCUAGCACUGGGAAAAAUUCAGUGGCUAACCUUUGCCGAAGCCAAAAUUUGCAGCGUUUAAACGACCAAGUCAAAGACUUAAAUUUUGGAUGGUCCGCAGUGUACGGCUUUAGUGAAAGUAUCAUGCAAGAUGAUGGAAGAGGUGUACUGCCUGGUCCGAGCAUCAAAACCUCUAAUAAAGCUUUCAGAGUUGACCCCUCAUGA